CAGCCUGCUCCCUCCCACUUCCCCCUCCCCCAUUCCCUCCGGUCCUGAUUGGGGGUGGGGGGGCGCUGUGAAGCACAGCCCCCCACCCCCAUGGCCACCCGUAGGAGCCAGAGGCGGAAAGGGAGACGGGGGGUGCUGGGCACCGCCCUGCUACCCACCCUAGUCCUGGCCCUGGGCCUCUCUCUUGCCUGCUUCGGCCUUCUGCUAAUGGUUAUCAGCUUGGGGACCCAGGCAUCCCCAUUCUCCCAGGACCCAGCCCAGCAAGACAGAGAGGAGGAGAAGGAGGCUGAGGCAGUAAUGCAAAUGAUUUCCCAAAGCCAGAAUCUAGCUCCUAUCCUGAAGAGAAGAGUACGCCUUUCCCGUGCUGUGAAGGGUUCAAAAUUUCGGACUCGGAAAGUGAAUGCAGCACACUAUGAAGUUCGUGCAAUGGAUGGAGCUCAGGCUGGUAUGGAUGGGACAGUGAGUGGCUGGGAGGAGGCCAAGAUCAACAGCACCAGUCCACUGAGAUAUGAUGCCAAGAGUGCAGAAUUUACAGUGACCAGGGCUGGCCUCUAUUAUCUGUACUGUCAGGUACACUUUGAUGAGGGGAAGGCGGUUUAUCUGAAGCUGGACUUGCUUGUGGAUGGUUCUUUGGCUCUGCGUUGCCUCGAAGAGUUCUCAGCUACAGUAGCCAGCUCUCCAGGCCCACAGCUCAGGCUCUGCCAAGUGUCAGGGCUACUGCUCCUUCGACCAGGAGUCUCCCUGAAGAUCCGAACUCUCCCUUCAGCACACCUCAAGGCUGCCCCCUUCCUUACCUACUUUGGACUUUUUCAAGUGCAGUGAUGCUUCUUGACCCCAAGACUGCUUUCCCAAACUUCAGGCAAAGCUCCAUCCUUCCUUCUUCUUGUCCUCCCACAAAUAACACUGUUCCUCUCUUAUCAAGCUCUAUAGCUUUGUCUUUCCCUCUCCUAAUUCCUCAUAACAAUGCCCUUCCUAGCCAUAAUUUCUUAUAAUUCAGAUUCUCCCAUCUCCAGGCUUUCAGUAAUUAAUUUGUGUCCAUAUUUUUAUCAGUUACUUCCAAAGCAUUUUCAACAUUUAUCCUACCACUGAUCUCUCCUGUCUUUUCCCUUUCUCCAAGACCUCCUCCCCCUUUCCUUAUCUCUACUGCUCAGUUCUGGUCCUCUGUUGACCCACUAACUCAUACUGCUUCCCUCUUUCUCCCAUAUUUCUACCCCUUAGUUCCAGUUUUGGAUGCCUUAACCUUUUAUUCUAUGUUGCUUUCCUCAUGGAAACAAUGUGUCUGGAAAAGCCUAAAUGCCUGGAUGGGGCCCUGGAAAACCUACUUCUCACAAAGGGGUACUGGACCAGAAAAGCAGAGAGACUGGAAUGGGGUGGGGGAAAGCUAAGGAGAUUUGUGGGGAGAUAGGGUGGGUUCCAUAAUUGAUGGGUAGAAGAUAAAGAUUAUUCUCUUCCUUGCUAAAA